AUGGACGAAGCUAGUUUGCAAGAGAUGUUUUCAAUGUAUAUUGAAAGUCAUGCUCAAAUCUCGUUCAUCGAGUUGUACGCUGAGUUCGAACAAUCUGAGGCCGACCGGAAUAUUGUACGCGAAGAUUACAAUAGUGACAGUGAAGAAGAGUUCGAAUGCAAUUACGAAGUUGUUGGUCCAGACGGUGAUGAAGAUCAAGGUGACGGCACCAUGGCUCCAAAUGUGACGGACGUGGCAAAUGCACUCACAAACGAAGUGCCGUUUGAGGAGCCAUCUUUCAUGCGAGUUUUGGAUUUGGAUGCCAUGCAUAUUCCGGAGUUUUCGGAAUAUAUGAGUGCAGAAAUUUCUAUUGUCGCAAAUGGUGAAUUUGCCAUGGGGAUGGAAUUCAAUUCUAGGAAAGCUGUUAUUAAGGCAAUGAAAGAGUAUACCAUCCGAAGAAGUGUAGACUACCGGGUGUAUGAGUCGGAGCCGUUGACAUUUUAUGCCAAGUGUACACAGUAUGAGUCAGGGUGUGAUUGGCUUGUCAGGGUUAGCAUGAUCAGUAGGAAGCACUGUUGGGUUAUAAGGAGAUAUAAUGGUAGUCACACCUGUACCAGAGCCACCAUUUCUCAGGAUCAUUCUAAGCUGGAUUUGAUCACAAUUGCAGAAGCCAUCAAGCCGUUGGUCGAGGCUGACCCCUCGUUAAAGAUAAAAUCAGUUAUCACAGAAGAGCAAUCGAAGUUCAACUACACUAUCAGUUAUCGGAAAGCAUGGUUGGCUAAGCAAAAGGCAGUGGAAAAAAUAUACGGAGGUUGGAAAGCAUCGUACGAAGUAUUGCCUAUAUGGUUUGAGGUCAUGUGUCAUAAGGAGCCAUCAGCUGUCGUCCAUUUCGAGACUAUGCCUGCAUAUCAAGGCGAUGACUUGGUGACUGAUAUCCGGGUAUUGCAUCAAGUAUUUUGGAGUUAUUACCCCUGCAUUAGAGCAUUCAAACAUUGUAAGCCAAUUGUCCAAGUGGAUGGGACUCACUUGUACGGAAAGUAUAAGGGUUGUCUAUUAGUGGCAGUUUUACAGGAUGGCAACAACAAUAUCGUUCCAAUUGCAUUUGUUAUUGUGGAGGGAGAUACUUCUGAUGUGUGGCACUUUUUCAUCAGUAACCUGCGACAACAUGUUGUCACUUGGGAUGGUGUGGGGCUGAUAUCCGACCGACACGAAUCCAUCAAUGCAGCUGUGGUACGCAGUUAUUCGCAGACGUAUGCGUUGGCAUUUGAUGGUGGCUACCGAUGGAGCCACAUGACAACGAACAUAGUGGAGUGCAUCAACUCAGUGUUGAAGGGUGCACGCAAUCUUCCCAUCAAUGCUCUUGUCAAGACAAUAUUCUACAAGCUGAACGAGUUGUUCACCCGAAAAAGAGCUGAGGCGAAAGCACGGAUUAAUGCUGGGCAUGUUUUUUCUGAGCUCGUGACCUCAAAGUUGCAUGCAAACCAGCUAGCAUCAGGAAACAUCUAG